UGUUGCUCGGGGCCUGUUAUUUAUGUGGAAUGUGUGCACUGCUGUCUUCUAUUUAAUUUAUUAUAAUUUGGUGGUUUUUAAUCUUAACCUAGUACCAAUUUGACUAUAAAAUUUGUAAUUCUAGUACGAAUACCAAAAUGGAGUCAGAAAUGGCAACAGUUACUGUUAAAAAGGAAGAGGAGGAGGAUGAGGAUGAUAGCAGCCAGCAACCAGCUGCAGUGGAAGAUGAUUGCAGCCAACAACAUUAUCUAAUUCCUGGCUACAACAUGAUCUUCAUCAAAGAGGAUCCAUAUGAUGAGCAAGAGGCUGGAGGAAGUGCAGUGAAGAGUGAACCAGAGAUGUGGCAUUCAAACUGCAGCACAUCUGGCCGAGACUAUGCAACAGAAAUGGCGACAGUUACUGUUAAAAAGGAAGAGGAGGAGGAUGAGGUUGAUAGCAGCCAGCAACCAGCUGCAGUGGAAGAUGAUUGCUGCCAACAACAUUAUCUAAUCCCUGGCUACAACAUGAUCUUCAUCAAAGAGGAUCCAUAUGAUGAACAAGAGGCAGAAGGAAGUGCAGUGAAGAGUGAACCAGAGAUGUGGCAUUCAAACUGCAGCACAUCUGGCCGAGACUAUGCAACAGAAAUGGCGACAGUUACUGUUAAAAAGGAAGAGGAGGAGGAUGAGGAUGAUAGCAGCCAGCAACCAGCUGCAGUGGAAGAUGAUUGCAGCCAACAAAAUUAUCUAAUUCCUGGCUACAACAUGAUCUUCAUCAAAGAGGAUCCAUAUGAUGAGCAAGAGGCUGAAGGAAGUGCAGUGAAGAGUGAACCAGAGAUGUGGCCUUCAAACUGCAGCACAUCUGGCCGAGACUAUGCAACAGAAAUGGCGACAGUUACUGUUAAAAAGGAAGAGGAGGAGGAUGAGGAUGAUAGCAGCCAGCAACCAGCUGCAGUGGAAGAUGAUUGCAGCCAACAAAAUUAUCUAAUUCCUGGCUACAACAUGAUCUUCAUCAAAGAGGAUCCAUAUGAUGAGCAAGAGGCUGAAGAAAGUGCAGUGAAGAGUGAACCAGAGAUGUGGCCUUCAAACUGCAGCACAUCUGGCCGAGACUAUGCAACAGAAGUGGGUGGACUGAAUGAGCAUUCAAUCUCUCCAGUGGAAAAGUGCACUGAGUCAUCUGUGGCUGGCAAAAAGACCAAGCUCUACAGCUGUGCUCACUGUAGCUAUGAAACACCAAAUUCUGCUAAUUUGAAGAGACACAUUCGGAAACACACUGGAGAAACACCUUUCAGCUGUGAGUUAUGUGACUUCAAAAGUUCUCAGUUAGGUAAUUUGAAAAGUCAUAUCAGAACACAUACUGGAGAAAAACCUUUCAGCUGCGAGUUUUGUGACUUCAAAAGUACUCAGUCAGUUCAUUUGAAAAGUCAUAUGAGAACACACACUGGAGAAAAACCUUACAGCUGCGAGUUUUGUGACUUCAAAAGUGCUAGGUUAGGUGUUUUGAAAAUACAUACUAGAACACACACUGGAGAAAAACCUUUCAGCUGCGUGUUUUGUGACUUCAAAAGUACUCAGUCAGUUCAUUUGAAAAGUCAUAUGAGAACACACACUGGAGAAAAACCUUUCAGCUGCGAGUUUUGUGACUUCAAAAGUUCUUGGUUAGGUGCUUUGAAAAGACAUAUCAGAACACAUACUGGAGAAAAACCUUUCAGCUGCGAGUUUUGUGACUUCAAAAGUGCUUAUUCAGGUAAUUUGAAAGUACAUAUGAAAACACAUACUGGAGAAACACCUUUCAGCUGUGAGUUUUGUGACUUCAAAAGUCCUAGGUUAGCUGAUUUGAAAAGACAUAUCAGAACACAUACUGGAGAAAAACCUUUCAGCUGCGAGUUUUGUGACUUCAAAAGUUCUCAGUCAGGUCAUUUGAAAAGUCAUAUGAGAACACAUACUGGAGAAAACCCUUUCAGCUGUGAGUUAUGUGACUUCAAAAGUUCUCAGUUAGGUAGUUUGAAAAGUCAUAUGAGAACACAUACUGGAGAAAAACCUUUCAGCUGUGAGUUAUGUGACUUCAAAAGUUCUCAGUUAGGUAGUUUGAAAAGUCAUAUGAGAACACAUACUGGAGAAAAACCUUUCAGCUGUGAGUUAUGUGACUUCAAAAGUGCUAGGUUAGGUGUUUUGAAAGUACAUAUUAGAACACAUACUGGAGAAAAACCUUUCAGCUGUGAGUUAUGUGACUUCAAAAGUUCUCAGUUAAGUAAUUUGAAAAGUCAUAUGAGAACACAUACUGGAGAAAAACCUUUCAACUGCGAGCUUUGUGACUUCAAAAGUAUUAGAUUAGGUAUUUUGAAAGUACAUAUUAGAACACAUACUGGAGAAAAACCUUUCAGCUGUGAGUUAUGUGACUUCAAAAGUUCUCAGUUAAGUAAUUUGAAAAGUCAUAUGAGAACACAUACUGGAGAAAAACCUUUCAGCUGUGAGUUAUGUGACUUCAAAAGUUCUCAGUUAGGUAGUUUGAAACGACAUAUCAGAAUGCAUACAGGAGAAACAGCUACUAGCUAAAAAUUUUGUAACCACACAUGUAGGUAUAUCAUCCAAACAAUGAAUGCUCAGAAAAAGGUAUAGAGAAAGGUAUUCUUAAGAAAUAACCCAAUAUAAUUAGCUAGAAUAAAACAUCAAAUAUAACAAGACAACAUACACGAGUAGACCUCCUCCAUACUGCAUAAUGAUAUACAAAUAUACAAAUUAAUGAAAAAUAAGGCAACAUACAAAAACGAUCCAUGACCUUAAAUACAAUCAGAUUCAGGAAGUUCUAAUCAGCAUAUCUCGACUCCAAAUACAAAACAUUUCAAACCGGGUUAGUUCAUAGAACAUCAACAUCACUUUGGCCCAUAGCAAUGUUUUUAUUUGCUUCAAGAAUUUGUUCUUAUUAUUAAAUUUCCUGAUAUCUAUUGGGAAACUAUUAAAAUAUUGUGUACCCAAGUAACUGAAAUAAUAUUUGAAAAUUAUUUUACUGAUUUUUUAGGUUUGGAAAGAAUUGAAACUCUUCAUCUAUUAUUAUAAAUCGAGAUUUCUGUACCCUCAUUUCCACUUUUUCAUAGAAUAAUAAUUGCAGAACCCUGAAUACAAAACUAUAUUGAACCAGUAAGACAUUGUUUUAUAAAGUGGGAAAGAGUUUUUCUGCCUUGGUUUUUUUAGAACUCUUCCUCUAAUAGUUAUUUGUAUAUCUAGAGUGAAAAGUACUUUUUUUCUCCCUGAGGAAAAAGUUUGAAGCCCGAGGCGAAGCUGAGGGCAACAAAUUUACUGAGGGAGAAAAAACAUUCUCCACUCGUGAUAUACACAACAUUUUUCCUCCACCUACAUUUUUAUAAAAACUGCAAAUAAAAUAAUUUUUUAAAACGUAUGUGACCGAACAAUGUGUUACAACAUAAUCUAAAAGUAAACAGCUGCUCUGGAUUGUAAUCACAGUUCUCCACCAACAGUGCUAUGUCCAUAUUAGCAUGUUGUUGUAUUAUAAGAACAAAGGCCGCCACAACUACAACUAUGAUUGAAGCUCCCAUUUCAAAUUCGAUUAGUUAAUGAGGAAUAUUCAUUGGCUGGUAUUUUGAAUAACAUGGAAUGAAAAAAAAUUUUUUUAAUCAUACUGAAAGUCGAUGAAGCCAACAUCUACUGCCAUAUCUCCAAAUAGUGAUGUCAGCAUCAGAUAGAAAACUUUUCUGUAGAGUUUGUUUACAUUGUUUUCCAUAGCAGAUUGUGUCUACUCAUAACGUUUCUGUGUAAACUUGAACCAUUCUUUGUAACAUUUAUGCUGAAAUAUUUCUAUUUUUGCAAAAACUAAUAACGCUAGGUAACUAGAAGGAGAGAGUCAAGUGAGGCGGCCAUGUUUGUGGGUCUAUAAUUCGACAACAAUUGACGAUCUGGCCGCACCGAUCACUUGGCGUUUGGUGGGGAUGUCAAGCUGUGAAAUUCGCCCUCUUACCCCUUGUCUGUGUUUCAUUAUAUGUGAUCGGAAGUUGAAAAAAAUGACCCUAUUUUUCUAUUUUCAAGAUAUUCAAUAUUUUACUUUAAUAAUUAUAAUAGUCGACUCAGGAGUGGAGUGUCAUUCAACAAAGGGAACUAAGUUUUUGGGUCUGGAGCUGCUGUCCAAUCUAAUGUAGGAAACUAAAAUCUAAAGCCUUAGAAGAAAGUUGUUUCAUGCACUAUUUGCUUUGAAGACUCUUGAGGAAUAUUUCCAACAGAAAAACAGCUCUUGCAGUCUAUCAUGGUUACUUCAUGUCCCAAGUCCGUUAUAGUGUGAUAUUUUGGGAGGCACCAUAGGAUAUCUGAAUACAAUAUUUAAAACACAAAAGAAAGUGAUGCAAAUAAUUGAAGAUAUUAGCAUAAGGCACUCAUGUAAACCUAUAUUUAGAAGUUUAGGUCUGCUUACAAUGCCUGCAUUGUAUUUUUUGAGAUUGCUUUGUAUGCGCAUAGGAAUAAGGAUACGUAUUGUGACAACCUUAUAUCCCACCCAUAUAACACUAGACAAGGAAGUUUGGUACUUCGAUAUCCUGUGCUUAACUGUUGUUGUAUUAUGUAGAUGGCAGUGGCCACUGAAAAGAAUUGGAAGGUUUAAGGUUAUGUUUAAAAAAUAUGUAUUGUUGAUUAUGAUGUAAUGUAUGGAGUUUCAAUAAAUGAAAUAGAAGAAAGGCAAUGACUUUUAUUCAUAAAAUAUGGCGAUGAGGAAAAUAAUUUGACAAAGUACAAAACAGUUAAUUUUGGCAUUGGUAACCGUCCGUAAGGUUUUUUUGGUUAUAAUGGAGGUGCGUAUACCGGCACCGCUCACAUUGGAGAGUGACGUGGUUUCAAACUGGAAAAGAUUUAAACAAAAUUUCGAAAUUUAUUUAUUGCUAGUGGAAAGAGUGCAGAAAAGGAACCAGUGAAAGUUGCAGUUUUUCUAAAUAUAAUCGGCGAUGAGGGCCUGGACAUAUACAACAACUUCAAAAUCAGUGAUGACGAAAAACAAAAAUUGGAUUCUGUGCUCAAAGAAUUUGAGAAUCAUUUAGUUCCUAAACGAAAUGAAAUUUAUGAACGUUUUCUGUUUUAUAAACGAAUACAAGGGGAAACUGAACAUAAUGUAAGAGAACGUAGGAGACCAAGACGGUUUGAUCAGUAUGAUGUGCAGUAUGCUACAUAAUUAUGUAUUUAUAUUGUAUUAAUAUAGCAAGUCAAUUUUUAUUUUAUUCUAAUAAGCUUUUCUUUUGAGGGGAAGAUGUUGUAUUAUGUAGAUGGCAGUGGCCACUGAAAAGAAUUGGAAGGUUUAAGGUUAUGUUUAAAAAAGAUGUAUUGUUGAUUAUGAUGUAAUGUAUGGAGUUUCAAUAAAUGAAAUAGAAGAAAG